CCUGGACCCCCAGCGAACCCAAUAGUCGCCGGAAUCGGAAAAAUAUUUUUGUAUACAAAAACAUUACAUUGAUGUUCCUAAGAAAAUAUAAAUUUAAAUGAUGACGGUGAGUGAGAAAAGGCUUUGAUGUUUGUAAAAUUUGCAUUAAAAUGUAACAAACAUGCAAUGAAUUGAAAUAAAAAAAUGUUAAUGGAUGAAUACAAAGCAGAAUAUAUCAAGAUUUGAAAAUAAUCAAAAAGUGUUUAAGCUGUACGAAAUUUACUCAUUGUUGAAGCAGUCAAUUUGUCAGUAAUAUGGCUGGCAAUUUUUGGCAAAGUUCACAUCAUCAACAAUGGCUUCUAGAUAAACAAGACCUGGUACGGGAACGACAACAUGAUCUUUCGAUUUUAACAGAGGAAGAAUAUCAAAAACUGUUCAUAUUUUUCUCAAAUUUAAUACAAGUGUUAGGUGAACAAUUGAAGCUCAGACAACAAGUUAUAGCUACAGCAACUGUUUAUUUUAAAAGAUUUUAUGCUCGCAAUAGUUUGAAAUGUAUAGACCCUUUAUUGUUGGCACCCACAUCAGUUUUUUUAGCUUCCAAGGUAGAAGAAUUUGGAGUUAUUUCUAAUACCAGGUUAAUCACAACUUGUCAAACUGUAGUAAAAAAUAAAUUCAAUUAUGCCUACUCUCAGGAAUUUCCUUAUCGCACGAAUCACAUUUUGGAAUGUGAAUUUUAUCUCCUAGAACAUUUAGAUUGUUGUUUAAUAGUGUAUCAACCAUAUCGUCCUUUAUUGACCCUUAUUCAAGAUGUGGGCCCAGAUGAUCAGUUAUUGACACUUGCUUGGCGUAUAAUUAACGAUAGCUUACGUACAGAUGUUUGUCUAUUAUAUCCACCAUAUCAAAUAGCUAUCGGAUGUUUACAAAUAGCUUGCGUUAUAUUGCAAAAAGAUCUGAAGUCUUGGUUUGCUGAAUUAAAUGCUGAUAUGGAAAAAAUACAAGAAAUUGCACGUUAUAUCAUUAAUUUAUACGAACUAUGGAAAACAUAUGACGAAAAAAAGGAAAUUCAAAAUUUAUUGUCUAAAAUGCCAAAACCAAAAGCAGCACCACAGCGCUGACAUCAAGCUCUGUUAUCCUCAAAUAUUUGGGAUUGAUAUUACAAUAUCCUAUGACAAAAGUCAACAUUUUUAUUCUAUGAAAUACGUUUAUAUUGGCGAUGAAUUGAUACAAUUUACAAUGAAAGAAUUAAUUUUAUAAUUCUCAUAUAAUUUUUAAGUAAAUAUUUUAAACAUUUUUAAAUACAUUGUAUAUUUUGUGCAAUUAAACGGAAGUUGUGUAUAAAUUGAAAACAUUUAUAAUUAUAUAAUACAAAUAAAAAAAUAAUUUUCCUUUAA